AUGAUUAUUACUGACCAUGACAUUCGUUUGCUUGAAUUUUCCACCUACAAAAAGUACCUUAAAAGCCUCGUUACUACUCAGGAUCUUAGAUAUCUUGGCCACAGACAAAAUGGUCUAAGCUUGUAUUUAACUGGCUUCAGGUCAAUAACUGAAUCCGAUUUCAAGACCCGAAGGAAGGAAGUUAUCGACUUCCUGUAUGCCUCGCCAGAUCCAAAUGCAUUCUUUAGUAGAAACCUAAAAACUUCAGAUCCACUGCUAAGUGAACUAGGAGCUAGAGAGAGAGCCAACCGUCUGGGACUGCUGUCGACCAUUAUCUACAUAAGGUGUCUGGGAAAGCAUGGCGAAAUAUCCGGCUACAUCGAUUACGAACAAGCACUUUUACGGGUCAACAAAAACAAAAAGAAUGCCUUUGAUUGGAAAGCAAUCUUCACAGGAAAACAAAAACUUUAUCCCACCAGGCUCGAUCUUUCCUACUACAACUUUACGACCGACAAGGCCUCAAAACAAAACUCUAAAAACUAUCUUGUUAUGUGUGAUCCCAUUCGAGGUAUUAUAUUCCGGAACAUUUGUGAUCGUAAGGACGUUUAUCCUGACCCUAUUGGAGGGUACUUUGGCGAAAACACGACCCGUAUGGAAAUCGACACCGAUAUGUAUGACCAAGUGAUUCUGUACGAUCAUGUUGUGAGCGCAAAUUAUUAAAAGUAGUUUCAAAUCACCUGAAACCAACGGU